AUGGGCAGAAGAAAGAUUUCAAUCCAGCCCAUCACGGAUGAGCGAAACCGGAAGGUGACGUUUGUGAAGAGGAAAGCUGGCCUGUUCAAGAAGGCGCACGAGCUGGCGGUGCUGUGCCAGGUGGACAUCGCGGUGAUAAUACUGGGCAAGAACCACUCCAAGUUCUUUGAGUACACGUCGACCGAUGUGGAUCAGCUGUUGGAUCGGUUCAAGAACGAGGGUGUUGCUCACGAUGUGAAGACGCCGGAGGACUACGGCGACUACAAGACGAUGUCGCGCGUAGGCCCAAUGGGAGCAGACAAGGGCCACCGGCGGACGACGUCCGUGAUG